AUGAGAAAGGGAAAUUUAUUUGUGGAGGAUGAUACCAACUCAUUUCCAGUUCCACUCCCAGUAGCUACCAAACAUGGCGGACCUCCUGCUGCUGCUUAUAACAAGAGACAUAAUGUGGAAGCUCCAUCUACACCGGGUCGACCCGUUUUCAGCUUCAGCAUUAAUAAUAAUAAUGGGCCGUCAAAGAAGUUGGUUCCUUGUUCUUCUUCUUCUAAAUGGAAUGAUGCUGAAAAAUGGCUUGUUGUUUCUCAUGAAAAAAACCAUCAUCAUCAUCAUCAUCUUAUUAAUGGUUUUGUAAAGCAGUCUGCAGAUUUUGUUUCUAGAAAGUCUACUACUAGUAAUCAUCAGAUAACAUCACCACAGCAAAAAGUUUCGACCUUUCAAGACCAUCAUCAUAACUUAACUGCCUCAGAUUCCUGCUUUAAUGUUGUAAAAGAUAAAUUUACAAAUGAGUUAGAUCAAGAGCCCAAUUUGUUGAUGAAAGUACCUGCAGAUGAAUGUUUGGAGCCAUUGAGUGAAAGCUUCUUGUUCAAAGAGGAGGCUGCAAGCAGAGACAUUGGGACAGAAAUGACUCCGCUUGGAAGCUCCACCACUUCAAGAUGCCCAACUCCCUUCAAAACCAUGUCCCCCCCACGCCACAAUACCCCUGCAACCAGAUCCGGCCCAAUGGACAUGGGGGCAGAAUUAUUAAUACAAGACUCCUGCCAUUUAGCCAAGCUAAGGCUAGCAGAGACACCAUUUGAAUCUUCAAACUGGAGUACCAGGGAGGAGGAAGAAGAGGAUUUAUCCAAGAGCCUUAGACACUUUGAAAUGAACUAUCAAUGUCGAAAAAGUAUUUCAGAAUCUGGAGAUCUUGCAUGGGAACAAGAAGAAAAGACCAAGUGUUGUCUAAGGUACCAAAGGGAAAAAGCAAAUAUUCAAGCUUGGGUGGACCUCCAAAAUGCUAAAGCAGAAGCUGAAUCAAGAAAGCUUGAGGUGAAGGUUCAAAAGAUGAGAUCAAAAUUUGAGGAGAAGAUGAUGAGAAAGAUGGCGGAUGUUCAUAGAAAAGCCGAGGAAUUAAGAGCAGCUGCACAGCUUGAGCACACGGAGCAAUUGCACAAGGCCAAGGAACAAGCGAAUAAGACCAAACGACACCUAAACGUGCAAUAUUCUGGCUGUUCUUGUAGUUGCUUUCCUUGUAACAUUAAUUUUCAUAACUCAAAUUAACUGUUAAUUUGUUUUAGAUGGGUGGUUGACAGAACUACAGAAGUACGUAUUCUAUAAUAUUGAAUCUUUUAUA